AUGGCUACCUCGAACGAGCUCCCUCCGCCUGUCGCAGGGCGUGCCACUCCUGAGUGGCACGGCGACGAAGACGAGCUGCUGCUUUGGAGGGCAGAGCGGCAGCUCGCGGAGCGACUGCUCCAGGAGGCUCGAGACAACGAUGAAGACGACGAGCAGGAGCUGCCGCCUGGCAACCAGCAGCAGGCUACGCAGCUCUGCGAGGAUGCCAGGCGCCGCUCGCUCUCUUCUCCCCUGGCACUUGGUGACUUGUCUCCUCGUCGAGACGAGUCACAAGGAGAAGAGGAGCAAGGUGGCGACCGUCUGACCGCUACCGCCCUCGCUCGCCGAGACCGAGGCACCGACGCUGCUCGCAAGCGACAGCGAACCGGUGCCUUCGCGUCGACGUCGGCAGCCUCCCUCCCCUCCGACGUCACCACCUCCGCCUCGCGUCGUGCCCGACACCUCGCAGGAUGA